AUGGAGAAGAUAUACCUUUUAGAACAGUUUUCUCAAGCCGAACACCACCAUGAUGACCAUUCUUAUCGUCAGAUUCAAGAAAUCUCUCUGGCUUGUGGAAAAAGACAAAGUGGAGUUCGUGUUAACCAGGAACAGGUGCAUGCCCCGAGCUUGUUCAUCCUCUGCUCCGCGUAUAUCAGCCACCCAAUCAUCGGCAUCCUGCACGACACAGCCUCCAGGAUGGAGCUCCGGCUAGACGAUCAGUGUUAUCAGUUUGAACAUAACCAGAAACAGCACAUGGUUUACAAUAGCAUGUUAAAAAGGUUUUAA